UCCCCUCCAUCUACCUACAACAAUAUGAGCCCCGCAUAUUAAUAUUGCCCCAUCUGCCCAAUGGACUCCCAGGAGAGCAGAAUAAUUACAUCGCGCCUCCUUUUGACUGGUUCCAUUUCUUGAAUCUCUUAAUUUCUUCCCUAGCUUGUAGUAACCCUUCAAUAAGCCCUUUUUCAAUGGCUGUCAAAACAAAGCAAGAAGAAAUCAUAUUCCGAUCAAGGCUCCCUGAUAUUUACAUCCCAAAACAUCUGUCCCUGCACACUUACUGUUUCGAAGACCUUCCUAAGUUCAGAUCACAGGCUUGUUUGAUAAAUGGCGCCACCGAUGAAAUUUACACUUUCGAAGAAGUUGAGCUCACAGCAAGAAGAGUUGCAUCCGGGCUUAACAAAGUUGGUAUACAGCAAGGAGAUACGAUCAUGAUCCUGCUGCCAAACUCGCCGGAAUUCGUGUUCGCCUUCCUCGGUGCAUCUUUCCGGGGAGCCAUAUCCUCGAUGGCCAAUCCAUAUUUCACCUCUGCCGAAGUCAUAAAGCAAGCCAAGGCAUCCAACGCAAAGCUCAUCAUCACGCAAGGCUGUUAUGUCGAAAAGGUCAAGGACUAUGCAUGUGAAAAUGGGGUGAAAGUCAUGUGCAUCGACUCUGCACCGGAAGGUUGUUUACACUUCUCGGAGCUAACCGGGGCCGAUGAAAGGGAAAUGCCGGACGUCGAGAUCAGCCCUGAUGAUGUGGUGGCGCUGCCGUACUCCUCCGGGACUACUGGACUGCCCAAGGGGGUGAUGUUGACCCACAAGGGACUUGUCACUAGCGUGGCACAACAGGUUGACGGAGAAAACCCAAAUUUCUAUAUACACAAUCAAGUGAUGAUGUGCGUUUUGCCUCUGUUCCACAUAUAUUCGCUGAACUCAAUUUUGCUAUGUGGGUUGAGGGCCGGCACAACAAUCUUGAUCAUGCAGAAAUUUGACAUAAUUCCGUUCUUGGAAUUGAUUCAAAAAUAUAAGGUCACAAUUGGGCCAUUUGUGCCACCAAUUGUUCUGGCCAUAGCCAAAAGUCCAGAGGUUGAUGAAUAUGACCUUUCGUCGGUGAAGACUGUCAUGUCUGGAGCGGCACCAUUGGGUAAGGAGCUUGAAGAUGCUGUUAGAACCAAAUUUCCUAACGCCAAACUUGGUCAGGGUUAUGGGAUGACAGAAGCCGGCCCUGUGCUAGCAAUGUGCUCAGCAUUUGCUAAGGAUCCCUUUGAGGUUAAAUCAGGCGGAUGUGGUUCCGUUGUUAGAAAUGCUGAAAUGAAGAUUGUAGAUCCCGAAACUGGUUCCUCUUUACCCCGAAACCAACCUGGAGAAAUCUGCAUCAGAGGUGACCAAAUCAUGAAAGGCUAUCUUGAUGACCCUGAAGCCACAAAAGCAACCAUAGACGAAGAUGGUUGGUUACAUACAGGUGAUGUAGGCUACAUUGACGAGGAUGAUGAACUUUUCAUCGUUGAUCGCCUUAAGGAGCUAAUCAAGUACAAGGGGUUCCAAGUCGCACCCGCAGAACUUGAAGCCCUGCUCCUCGCUAACUCUGACAUCUCAGAUGCUGCUGUUGUCCCAAUGAAGGAUGAUGCAGCAGGCGAAGUUCCAGUUGCUUUUGUUGUGAAAUCAAAAGAUUCCAAUAUCAGCGAGGAUGAAAUUAAGGAAUAUAUCAAGAAACAGGUGAUAUUCUACAAGAGAAUAAACCGUGUGUUUUUUGUUGAUGCCAUUCCGAAGUCACCAUCUGGCAAAAUCUUGAGAAAGGACUUGAGAGCAAGACUAGCUGCUGGCGUGCCAAAAUAAGCAAAGGCAACAGCAAAUUGGCAGCUAAUCUAGAGGACAUUAUAGCGCAAAAACAUCUGGAUUUUUGAUGCAGCACAACUGCAGACAAGGCUCUACAGCUGCCGAUUAUGGUGUGUGAUUGUCGAUUUAGCUGCCCUUUCGGAAGAAGAGAGACAAAAUAUCUGUAAAUCUUACCAAGACUUUGUCCAAUUUUCAUAUGCUUGGUGGAAUUUCUCUGAAAAAAGAAAAGACAAUCACUACUAUUUCAUGAGGCAAUUAUUUUAUUUUUUUUCCUGA